GCGCAGAUCAGUAGCUUAUAAGAGCUCGAGCUUGCCCUAAAUUCCAUUUCUUCCACCAAACAAAACCACAAAACUCAAUUCAACUUACUUACCUUUAUUCUGCGAAUACCAUACCUUCAAGUCAACACACCCCAAUCAACCAACACAAGCAAGUAUCAUGGCUGCCAACGGAACCAACGGUGCGACCGAGGCCCCGGAAUACCUCUUCCACGUCAAGCGCACCAUCACCGAUUUCGCCGAGGAUAAGUCUGGCGCAACCCGCGUCACUGACAUCUUAGGUACUUUCACCUCUCUGGCUGCCGCCAAGAACGCUGCUCGCGGCGCCCUGGCAGCAGAAGGCUAUAUCAAGGAUGACUUCGAGGUCCUGGAGCAGAAGGACGAGGCGGAUUCAGAAGAGUGGAAGCACGGCGAUGGCUGUCUCGUCUUCGCCAAGGCUCCUAGAGGCCAGGAGUUCGAUGUCCGCAUUGAUACCAAGCCCAAUGUCUUGAAGUUGAAGGGCAAUGCCAGUGGUGAGGUUGAUGGUUUCUUGCACUAUGUCCUCCAGACAACCAUUGACUACAACAACGACCGCAUCGGCGGCAUCCAGCGCACCGAAGUCGAAGGCACAUACCCAACCCGCAAGGCCGCCUUCAUCGCCGCCCACACGGCUCUUCUCGAUGACGAAGUCACCAAGGAGUCCUUCGCUGAGUACGACGAGAAGGAGCAGUUCGAGGGCGAGUGGCCAUACGGCGACGAGGUCUUGGUCCGCGCUGUCGGCCACACGGGCGAGAAUUUCUACGUCGCUGUCAAGGCCCAGCCGCACUCCCACAAGGGGCAUGCUUGUUCUCAUCAUGGUGGCAAGACGUGCGAGUGUCCUUGCACGAAGACGGAUGAGGGUUGCAAGCGGAAGGCUUGCAAGCAUGAUGGUUGUGAGGCGAGCAAGACUUCUCAUUAGAUGUUGCUUUUUUCGCACUUGCGUUGAUGGCUAGUCUUUUGUUGAGUCUCUCGUUUUCUUUGGUUUGGGGAAUUGAUAUUGGGUGCUUUUUGGCGCUGCAUAAGGAGAGGCGUCUUGAGGAAUGGAUGACUUGAGAAAAUGAAAAAAGCAUCGUGAAGCCAUGGACAGGUAAUCGGCGACAGGAUAAUCAAUUGCA